AUGAACUCCCUCCGCUUCGCCCGUGCGGCUCUCCGAGCUCGCCCUGCCGCCAUCCGAGUUCCUCUCCAGCGAAGGACCUACGCCGAGGCCGUCCCCGACAAGAUCAAGCUGAGCCUUGCCCUCCCUCACCAGUCUAUCUACAAGUCCCAUGAUGUCGUCCAAGUCAACAUCCCCGCCGAGUCUGGAGAGAUGGGUGUUCUCGCCAACCACGUCCCCUCCAUUGAGCAGCUGAAGCCCGGUCUGGUUGAGGUUGUCGAGGAGUCCGCUGGCUCCAAGCUGUUUUUCCUCUCUGGUGGAUUUGCUACCGUUCAGCCCAACUCCGUCCUCAGUAUCAACGCCGUCGAGGGUUACCCUCUUGAGGACUUCAGCGCCGAGGCCAUCCGCGCUCAGACCGCUGAGGCCCAGAAGGUCGCCAACGGUAGCGGAAGCGAGCAGGACAUUGCUGAGGCCAAGAUCGAGUUGGAGGUUCUCGAGACCCUGUCUGCGCACGAACCAUCAGCAACCGGCGGUAUCCGAAGUCGCACAUCGAAAGAUACACUUCCCAGGCAGACAUCCUCGACUCUAUCACAGAAAGAACUAAGAUCCAGUGCUAUCAGGGGAUUUAGGGGCCGAAAGCCACCAUCACGACCAAGUGUUGCAGGCUUCUAUCCUCGAGCCAGCCAUGGACGAACAGAUCGAGGUCGACCCAGCCAAAACAUCCGAUAUUCGGCUGGUACUGAGCUGCCCCCUUCUGAGUCUUUCGUGACAUCGUAUCUUCCCUCGACAGACCCUUCACGCACUGCCAGUGCCACCGAGAAAUGCCAAGAUGCGAUGGACAUUCUCGAGCAGUAUGGAAUCUCCAGACCCGAGGGAUGGUUCUCGGACGGCGGUACUGGUACGCCAGAUCAAGUUGUACCGACCAAACAAAUGCUCUCACAAAUCUGUCACUCGUGCGGUAAUCCUCUAGCUUUCCAGCGAUACUGCUCACACUGCGGCCAUGAUUCUUGUAUGAAGUGUACGGGAGAGACCCAGGGCCUGGAACACAGGACUCCCGAAACUUCUGUCCAGUAUCAGGAGCAUAAAGGGAAGACUCCUAGGCUACCUUCGCAAAGUGAAGGCCUUCCAAGCGAGCGCAGCUAUACUUCACGAGCUACACUAGACAGGGCACGAAGGCGUAAAACUUCCCGGUUCGCAUCAGAACCAGUAACACCAAGAACACCUCGUUCAAUCAAAAUGCAAUCUCGUCCAGUGUCUAAAGCUGGCCAGAAUAUCUUGAAGCCAGCACGAAAGAAAACGAUCGCGGCGCCAUCAGAAAUUUCUACUUCAGUGAAGAACAAUCCUUUCUUCAUGGCAGACAGGGGACCAAAAACAGAAGCCCCUGAGCCUGCAAUUACUACGAGAUUGGUGCAAGUGGAACGCAAAUCCAAGCACUCAGAUUGUGUGCCUGAUCGCCUGACGUCAAAAUCACCCUGUGUUUCUCAUACACAGGAGGAAUGUUCUGAUCCUAGCUGCAAAGCAACACACGCUGGCCAUCAACCAACACGACAUAGCAUUGGGUGCGCAACUAGACGUAGCAUGGGGGUACAAGUGUUUGAAGGAAACGAUUUGGACAAGAUUAAAGCAGACGAGGGUAAGCCUGUAGGAAAACAUGCCCCGUCACUGAGAGAUUCGCCAUCUCGAAGCAAGUUACAGAUGAAAAUCGGCCAACUGUAUCACCAUGGGCAAGAUCUCUAUCACUCACAGCAUAUCAUGGAACACUUGUCAGCUGGUGUUAAAACUCUCGAAGACACACCAGCCGAAGAAGCCGAGGACUCAUUGAUUGACGGCUACGGAUUGAGUGUACACAGCCAGCCUGUUGCUGAUCACUCUUUGAGCCAAGAUGGCACUGUGACUGUGAAAGCCAACCUUAUCAAUCAUGAGUUGGGCAAAGACUCGGCAGUUCCAGAUGUGACUGAGUCACAGCCACCUAAUCUUAGUGAUUAUCACAAGGGGGAUCAACACCCGAGCCCGAAGUCUCACGAGCCCAAUGACGAUACUCGAGGCAGGGGUAGCCAUUGGACAAAGCCUCGUUUGGAUACUCGCAACGAGGUCCAGGACUCUCGAGAAGACCACUCGGGGUCGCUGAUCUCACAAGCGUUCAAUGCAAAACCCAAGCUGAAUUCCAAUGAGCCAAGGAGAGGCCUUGACACCUCUCAAGAAGGAGAUGACAGGAUCACGCCACAAACUCGAAGGACCUCCUUGUCACAAAAAGGACGCGAUGUUGACCCCAACGCCAAGAGUGGUAUUGAGAACUGGAGGCGUGAGCUCAGCAGUGUAAAUCGCCGUACACCACUAUCGGAAAAGGAGAAGGAGAAGAAGGAAGAUUGUCUCAACUGCAAUCCAAGCCAAUACUCAUCGCCAAAAGAAGCAGAAAAUACAGUUCAGAUAUUCGCGAAAGAAGAGUCACUGAUUGAGAAUGCGAACAAACAAAAUGCCACAGUUGAUUCACCUUUACCUCGACUUAAAGUGACAGAUGUUGAACACUCCCUCGCUCGGAAAAGCGUCGAGGAACUCAUGGCCAAGAGCCAUCAGCCGCAAGGAACUAUAGCUGAGGAGCCAACAAGUUCUAGGAUUGUGAGUGUAGCGUGCGAGCAACGUCGCAAAGACUCAGAGAUGUCGACUUUGAUUUACGUCCCUUCGCCCGUGAUGCCAUACGACCACAUGUGCGCCUGGCGAGCUCGCUACAUGGAUCUCAAGUCGCAGAUUGACCAAUUCGAGCUCGAAGCAAGCUAUCCGCCAGCAGGGAAAACAACCGAGGGCGCUGGCCCCUCGUGUUCACACCCCAAUGGAGAUAUUGACAUUGAAGGCCUCACUGUUGUGAUGCAUCUUAGAGGCAAGGAGGACUUGGUGAUCAACACGGAUUUGAAAGAGGGUCUGCAGGAGCAUUUGAAGCAGCGAUAG